AUGGCGGCGCACCCUACUACGCCCUACAUACCCAGGGCACACGGCGUCAGACCAAACCCACAGCACAUUCAACCAGGGAAGUGGAACAGGAAAGAGGCCCAAACAAGGACCCAAAAUAAUUGA